CUCCAGCCCCGCCCCUCCGUAGCCAAAGCUCGGGCCAGCCGGGCCGCGGGUCCCCGACAGGGGGCGGCCUCGCUCCGCGCCGCGGGCUCCUCAGCAGCCGCCGCCCCGGCUGCCGCUCCUCCCCCGGCCCCGCCUACCCGGCCUCGCGCCGACCGCCUGUCCGCCGGUCUCUGCAGGACCGUCGGUCUGUCCGCUCGCCCGCCGGUCCGCUGUCCCGGUCCUGCUAACCCGAGUGCGGGUCGAUUUGUCGGUUCCAGCUGCCACAAACCUGUCUCCCGACUCCGCGCCGCCUGCGUCUGCUACGCUAGGCCGGGGAUUGGCAGGGCGCGUAGGCCGCGCCGCGGCGGAUGGAGCCGGAAUAAAGAGGCGGCAGAGAAAGCAGCUGGUCUCCGCUUGCCCCGAGCCUGACCCCUGGAGCAGAACCGGUUACUGGGGAAGGCAGAGCCUCCUUGGCAUUGCUGGGACCCUGUCUUGAAGAGCCUCCUGUCCUGUAGGCUCUCUUCUUGGCUAAUGACAAGGGCUAUCUGACAAGACCUCUGUGCCUUGUGUGCAGUUCUUGUCCGUUCCUGAGAUCCGGUAGCUUCUCUCUCAGGGUUGGGCUCACCUUAAGCGGGAAACUGAAGCCAUUACUGUCCAAACCCAGUUUCAUCUUCCCAAGCAUGUCAGAAAGCUGGCAGCAGCCACCACAGACUCAGCCCCAGCAGCCACAGGCACCACAGCCCCAGCACCACGCAGAGACACCACCAGCCCUGGCUGAACACACGCUGCCCCCAGGCACGGCGGAGAACCCACUGGGCUGUGCCGUGUACGGCAUACUCCUGCAACCUGACCCAGGCCUGCAGCCCCCGCAGCAUGCACCCCUGCAAGCAGGGGAGCCAGGCCCCAAAUGUGGUGUGUGUGGCCAUGAUCUGGCACACCUGUCCAGCCCACAUGAGCACCAGUGCCUGGCAGGCCAUGACCGCUCAUUUCAGUGCACACAGUGUCUCAAGAUCUUCCAUCAGGCCACUGACCUGCUGGAGCACCAGUGUGUGCAGGCGGAGCAGAAGCCUUUUGUCUGUGGUGUUUGCAAAAUGGGCUUCUCCCUGCUCACCUCGCUGGCCCAACACCACAGCUCCCACACUGGCAUGGUCAAGUGCUCCAUUUGUGAUAAGACCUACAAGCCAGCUGAGGCUGCUGAGCCAGCCACCACUACUGCCCCAUCACUGCCCUCAGCACCUCCGCCCACUAACGUAGCCCCUGUGGAGCAACCAGAAAAACCCUAUAGCUGCCCUGUUUGCCAGAAGCCCUUCAAGCACCUAUCGGAGCUCUCCCGACAUGAGCGGAUCCACACGGGAGAGAAGCCGUAUAAGUGCACGCUGUGUGACAAGAGCUUCAGUCAGUCCUCUCACCUCGUGCACCACAAGCGCACACACAGCUCCGAGCGGCCCUACAAGUGCGCCGUCUGUGAGAAGACCUUCAAGCACCGCUCCCACUUGGUGCGCCACAUGUACGCACAUUCUGGGGAGCACCACCUCUUCCGCUGCAACGUGUGCGAGCUGCAUUUCAAGGAGUCGUCCGAGCUGCUGCAGCACCCCUGUACCCCGAGUGGUGAGCGGCCGUUUCGCUGCGGCGAGUGCCAGAAGGCCUUCAAGCGGCCGUCGGACCUGCGGCAGCACGAGCGCACGCACAGUGCCGAGAGGCCCUUCAAGUGCGAUCUGUGCCCCAUGGGCUUCAAGCAGCAGUACGCACUGAUGCGCCACCGGCGCACACACAAGACGGAAGAACCCUUUAAGUGCGGCCUGUGCGAGAAGGGCUUCGGCCAGCCCAGCCACCUGCUCUACCACCAGCACGUGCACACCCUGGAGACUCUGUUCAAGUGCCCUGUGUGCCAGAAGGGCUUCGACCAGUCGGCCGAGCUGCUGCGGCACAAGUGCCUGCCAACUUCCACAGAGCGGCCCUUCAAAUGCCCCGUGUGUAACAAGGCCUACAAGCGGGCAUCUGCCCUGCAGAAGCACCAGCUGUCUCACUGCGCCGCCGCCGAGAAGCCUCUGCGUUGCACCCUGUGUGAGCGCCGCUUUUUUUCUUCCUCGGAAUUCGUGCAGCACCGCUGUGACCCGGCCCGGGAGAAGCCACUCAAAUGUCCGGACUGCGAGAAGCGCUUCAAGUACGCUUCGGACCUGCAGCGCCACCGGCGGGUGCACACGGGUGAGAAGCCCUACAAGUGCCCCAAUUGCGAUAAAGCCUUCAAGCAGCGAGAGCAUCUCAACAAGCACCAGGGCGUGCAUGCCCGGGAGCAGCAGUUCAAGUGCGUGUGGUGCGGCGAACGCUUUCUGGAUGUGGCGCUGCUACAGGAGCACAGCGCCCAGCACAGUGCUGCCGCUGCAGCUGCCGAGGGCGCCUACCAGGUGGCAGCCUGCUUGCCCUAAGGCCUCUGCGCCGCCACUUGCCCUGUCUAGUCUUGCCUGCUUGCAGCUGCAUGGCAGCAAGCCUGUCAAUCAGCUCCCCCCUUAGGAGUCAGGACCAAAGGGCUCUUCUGGGCAGGUGAAGGGUGCGCAUGUUCAGUAUUCUUAGCGCCAGCCUGGCCGUGGGAAGAGCCAAACUACUAUGGCCAGACCCCAAUUCUAUUAACUUCUUCCCUAUGACAGUUCUUGCUUUCUGAGAACCUGCUGCACCCCUUAUCUAUAGGGAACUUGAAUUCUACCUGUAAUCAGGUGCCUCUCUGCCCCAGGUAUGGGGGAUGCUAACCCGAUUUUCCUAGAUCUUUCGGCCUAGUUAGAAAGCAGAUGGCUUGGGAAGAAGUAAGUAUGGUUUCUUCUCAAGUUGCUUUUUUUGUGGGGGUGGAGGGUAAAGGCAAACUUUGUGACAGUUCUGGGGACUUAGACCAGAGCUACAGUCCUUUGACUGCCCAGCUAGGACAAAUGUGCCCCAACCCCAAGUAUCUGAUAGUUAGAUAUGUAGGACAGGAGUCUGUGGGCACGGUCUGCUUGGAGACUAGGGGCCCAGUCAGGGUGGGGGAAGCAGAAACAUUCCGUGACACCCUUAGGUUAGCCAGUGCUGUCCACAGGGAAAGGGACCCAAACAGCCCAUGUGCUAAGGGUGCUCCUGAGUCUGUGGAAGCCCCCUCCUGCCCAUGAGUGGUUCUGAGCUGCAGGGGAAUGAAUGUGCCCAUAGCAGAGCUGCUGUGUGGGAGUGGAGGAUUGUUAGUCUCCCUUACCCCUAGCUGCAUCCCUGGGUUGGGGAGGAAGGAAGACCAAGCCCAUGGUUUCCCCAGUAGAUAUAAACAGGUCCCUUCCUAUAUUGUGUGAACCAAAGUGUCUGGGCUCAGAGUCAUAGGCUUGUCCCAGCCCUGCCUGAGGGCCAAACGGAGUCCUGAGUGCCCAGGGUGAAGAAUGGCCUCUCAACCCCAGAACCCUUAGGCCCUAAGGAUCUUCCAUUGCCAAAACAACCUGCUGUCCUUCAAGCCCUAGAGCCUCCCUAGGUCUUUGGCUUCUCACAGUCUGAUUCCUAUAGCAAAUGUGGGUACACAAGGAUCGAGAAGCCCAGUAAGCAGCAUUCUUGUUAGGUACAUGGUCAGCCACCAUCACUGGACGGCCAGAGCCACCACAAGAGCCUGGAGGACCUUUGUUGUCACAGUCAUCGUUCUGAACCCAGCCCUGAUCAUGCCCUUUUCAGCCCCCUCCCUACCCAUGAGUCUUGAAAGAAGACUGACCACUAAGUCGAGGGCCAGAUGAGUAGGAGGAUGCCACCUCACCUCAUCUUAACAAGUCUAGCUGGCCACAUCCAUCUAUUCUGUCUGCCCAGGUUCUCUCCUGUGUCCACAGAGACUGAGGUUAGCACUUCUCUCGGGCUGAAUCUUGGUCACAAAGCCUCAAAAAACUGGAACUCAGGCUUAUAACAGUCUAGUCCUAACUGCUAGUUUUUUUCCUUUCAUUUUUGCAUUCUAAAAGCUGUUUAUUAUAUUAUUCAUAACAUUGUAUAGCUUAAUUUCAUGUCAUUUUGGAUCAUAUAUAAAUAUGAGAGUUUGGAAUUUUUAAAAGAAUGACUCCAUUUUAGCCACUUUUGAUGUUACUAUACAGUGAGUUUGAUGUGUGCUCUAGAAAGUAAAGACAUUAACCAGUGCA